GAUUUCGAGAAAAUGGCUUCGUGGAAAUGUACAGGCUAUGUUAUUUUAGGAAUCAUAACUGCUGUUUUAAUAAUUCUCCUCAAUUUCGAUUAUUUACCGAAAAGAAAGUUAUCUGAAGAGCUAGAGCUAACCACGAAAAGUAGUUACAAAGAAUCCAUUUCGACUGUAACACCCACCGAUAACACAGCGAAGGAUUUUGUCGGAAAACUCUCGGUGGAGCAGUACAAGAAACAAAUAAUGAAUUGGAGUUGCUCUGAAAGAUCUUCUUCUCCAGUGGACAAUUUUCCUGAACUGACAUUUGAUGAUGUAAGAAAUUUUGAUUGGAAUUGCAGUGGUUUCCCCGUAACACCACAGGACACAGAUGAUAAUGUCACAAAAUCUUUAUGUUACAAAUCUAAAGAUCCCUUUAUCUGUGUGCGUGAUCCACUGCAUUGCCAACACAAGGACAAGAGUGACAAGAGGUUUAUAACAAGACCGAAAUAUGGAGAGUACAAGUAUCUUCCCAAGUCAUUAUGGUUGAGUGUUGUUCUGCAUGGAGGAGUAGCAUUUCUAUACCACCCAUGUGUCAGUGCAGACCAAAAAGUGAAACUGCGCAAAUUGGCAACCAGUUGUUUACAGCGGCACGUUAUAACACCCUAUGAGAGACUGAAUCCAUGCCAGCCAAUUGCCAUGGUAGCAUGGAGCUGCUUUUAUUCAACAUCAGAAGUAGACGUUGAAAAAGGAAAGGAUUGGAUCAAGCAAAAUGCCAUGAAAGGUCCUGCCACUCAUGUGAUGGAGAAUGGCCAAUUUGAAGAAGGAAUUAAGAGUCAAGCUAAAACAGUUUCAGACAGACAUGACACUUGCCUCUGUCCUGACAAAAUGAACUCAAUGAUCAACUCCGAUGAAGGAGAGAGUCAAUCCACAAAAGGCAGAGAGCAAUAUGCAUCUCAAGAAAAUGAGAUGCACUCUAUCACAAUACAAAACACAGAAGAGUUGGUGAUAAGGGUGCCAAGUAACCACAAAUUUGAUACAUCAAAUGCAGCAUGGGCGCUUGGAAGUGUAAUAUUUUUGUGUCUGGUCCUUGGUGGCGUAUUACUUUACACCAGGCCGUGGCAAAACAGAGAUCAUUGGUGGACACUUGAUGAUUAUAACAGUAACACAAACUUCAAAUUCAUGAAAUCAAGAGGCCUUCGAUGGAAACCAAGAACGCCUUCGAAUAAAAGGACAGCACGGUAUUCUCGUUUAUUGAGUGCUAUACCCGAAGAAUUUGAAGAUGAUAUUUAAUACACAAAUCUAUUUAUUUGAUAGAAAAUAACUCUCAGAGGACAUUAGCCUGCAGAGCAGGCGUUCUAGUGGAGUUUGGGCGAAAGUUAGACCGCGCGAAAAAUAGAGCGAGGCGAAAAAUUAGGAGGUAGGGGGAGGGGGAGAGGAGAAAAUUUGAAAAACCCGUUCGCUGACGAUUGGUCCAGAGGAAUAUUUUAUUGACAGCAGGAUGUGACGUCAUUUUACGUUUGCCAUUUUUUUUCUUUUUUUUUUUUUUGCCUCGGAUCACAUCCAAUAUGGCGUUCAGCGUAGAAGAGGUAGAUCUUGCGUUGAACGAUUCUUUAGCUUCUUUUGAUGCCUUAGAAAACUUUGUUUUAAAAAAUGAACAGCAAGAUUUCUUCAUGGCGGAAAAGACAUCUCACAGCAGUUCUCCCGUUUGUAAAAGCGAUGUGUUUCACCAGUUUUUCAGUUUCUUCCUCACGUGGAAUUCUAACUAUUACCUGGCCAUUGGCCAUUCUUGUCACGACUUUAACUGGUAAUCCAUCCUCUGGAAGAUCAUCUACGUUUAAAAAAGUGUCCAAAUCGUCAUCUUUCCUCGGUUUGUUUGUCUUCGAUGAAGCUGGGUCGAGAUUCUCGCUCAUAUUCAGGGGUUUUCUGGAUUUCGGUGCUGGUAGUUUGGGCGAGUGUAUACGAGCGGCUUUCUUCUUACUCCAUACCUGGCUACAUUUGUUUGGCGUAUCAAAUUGCCCCUCUUUGCACUUUUGGGCUUUUCUGUUUUGCAUUGGCCAUUUGCGUUCUCAAGGAUGAAUGCAUGUAGCUGUCCCAAGGUUCUGACUUUCCUUGCACAAGGAUUGCAAUAGCGCUCGGAGAACUGUUCCUUGUUUUGAAUGAGUUUGAUGCCAAUUCGAGCACAUACGUCUGAUAAAAUUACUCCAUCACUUCUCUUCGAUGCUCGGACUAAAUUUUCUGAUGAAGUAUGAGCCGUAUUUAGCUUUAAAACUACAGCCGCAAAACCGACAAUUUUCGUUUGGCGACAUGUCAACACAAAUUUUAUCAAAUUUUUGACAUUUUGACAAGUGCGAAGUUUUCACGUGUGCGUGUUUGCAACGGAAGUGAAACUCCACUUCCGUCGCGCUUCCUGAUUGGCCUAAAUGUUUGCGCCAUGAUCGUUACUCCAGCGGGUGUUUUUCAAAUUUUCUAGUACUGCUGGCAGUACCUCCAAGUCAGCCAAAAAUCUAGUAACAAUUGGGCUCGACACUAACUUUUGAACUUACUACCCAAGUGGCUAAUGACAACUUAGAUGUUACAACAAUUUCAGUUUUUUUUGCUAGCCAAACUGGCUAGUGGAAACCGAAAACCACUAGCCAAAACUGAAUUUCUACUUGUCUGUGGCUAGUUGGCUACCGUUAGUGUCGAACCUUGCUGAUAUUCCUACUCUUUGCUUAGAUAGGUACCCUGAUAUUCAGUGCACUUUUGAUAGCUUAUUAUUUAUAAUUAGUAUAUGCCACACACGUGAAUAGGGUUUUUCGUGUGCGCUGAUUGGCCGAUUUGGAAGUGAGUAGCAAGUACAAGCUGCUGAAGAGACAAAAAUUACAUAUCAAUAAUAAUUUCUAACAAUCGUUUAGUAUGUUGACAGAAGUAAACUAACUUUUGGGUUUCUGUGUGGCGUACACCAAAACAAUUAUUCACCUCAUUUAUUGAGUGGCUUGGUAGAUAUCCACCACCAUGCUCCAUCAGUUCGGUUUAUAACUGUUAAUUAUUAAUCGUGGGUGCAUGCAUUUGAAGUAUGUUGGCUAUUUUUAUAUAAAAUUUGAGAUCCACUUUGGGAUUCCUUUGGUAUGGUAUAAUAUUUUCUAUUCAAUUUGUUUAAAAGAUAGUUGAAUACCGAUUCAUAAUAAAGGGUGGGUUCAUGCCUACAAAGUAAUCAAAAGUCCCCUAGCCUUCUACAAUAAUUGGUAAACACUUAGCCUUAGAAGGUUUAGGAAGCAUUCUGCUAGCGAUAAGCGAUUGUAUUAACGCUGUGGACAACUUUUCGCCUGAAGCCGUUUUCUUGCUGGCACUAUUUAUAUGCAAAACAUCACCACUGUAGUUAAGAAAGGGUCGAAAAAGCACAAACUUUUGUAAAGUUUAUUUGGAUAUACACAAGAACAAAUGUGUGAAAUAAGGAAUACUCAGUGUUGUAAAACUUUUCAUACAUAAACGGAAAAUACGUACGAAAUACACUUUUUGAAGAUUUAGUUUAAUAAAAAAAAAAUACAAAU